GAUCUGGUGGAACGGAUGGACGGCGUGGAUUUAAGAAGCAUGCAUCAUGGUGCGCUCCACUGUCAGGGAUACACCGACCUCGGUGGAUCCGGGGAUCUAUCAAGGGGGAUCGCGAUUUCCACAUUUUCUCCGCUCUUCCGAAGCAGCGGGAAGAAAAAAACCCAACGCUCUCUCCUUCUCAGAGAAUCCAUGGCUCUCCUCCCGAGGACAGCACGCCUCGCCCUACUCUCUUCCCAAAGGGCUGCAUCCAUCCAUACCACCAUCCCAUCAUCAUCAUUAUCAUCAUCAUCUCCAGCUCCAUAUGCUCGGGCCGCACCGCCAUCUACCACGACCGGGCUCUCCAAGGCGGCCGAGUUCGUGAUCUCGAAGGUGGAUGAUCUGAUGAACUGGGCCAGGCGCGGGUCCCUCUGGCCCAUGACCUUCGGCCUCGCCUGCUGUGCCGUCGAGAUGAUGCACACCGGCGCCGCCCGCUACGACUUCGACCGUUUUGGCGUCAUCUUUCGCCCCAGCCCCCGUCAGUCCGAUUGCAUGAUCGUUGCUGGCACCCUCACCAACAAGAUGGCCCCCGCCCUCCGCAAGGUUUAUGACCAGAUGCCCGAGCCUCGCUGGGUCAUCUCCAUGGGCAGCUGUGCAAACGGUGGUGGUUACUAUCACUACUCGUACUCUGUUGUUCGGGGAUGCGACAGGAUUGUUCCUGUCGACAUUUAUGUGCCUGGGUGCCCCCCAACAGCCGAGGCUUUACUCUACGGAGUUCUUCAGCUGCAGAAGAAGAUUAACCGGCGAAAAGAUUUCCUCGUUUGGUGGACCAAGUGAAGAACCCCUUCAAUCAGCCUUGGGCCUCCAAAUGAUGGUGUUCCGAAUAUCUGUUUCUCCUAUGAAUGAAUAAAGGUAGCCGUGGAAGGACUCAAUAGUUUGUGCUAUGUUUUCUAUUACUGAUAUUUUGUUAAACCUUGUGGUUAUUUUGUUUAAAUCUUCAACAUGGUGGAAGUGCAGACUGGUGUAGUUUGUUUUUAUGAAAUCAUUUUAUGUU